CGUCAGUGCCGUGAGAGCUUCAAAACAAGAUCGUGUUUGGUGGCGAGUUUAUUUGAUUUUGUGAUUGAUAUGAUCGAGGAACACGACGAACGUGAAACAAUAUGCGAUUCAGUGAAUUCAUUGGUGGAAGGUUGUCGUUUGCCGGUCAGAAUGCAUGGGACGGACGAUUGGCCCCUCGCUGAAAUCAUCAGUGUUAAAGAAGUACACGGUGUCAAGUGUUAUUAUGUUCACUAUGUAGAUUUCAAUAAACGAUUAGAUGAAUGGGUUAUGGAAGAUUGUUUGGACACUAGGAAAGUCCAAUAUCCUAGACGAGAUGGUACCACGCCAGGUACGGAGGCAGCCACUCCUAAAAAGCAACCGGUCAGUAGACCACCUAGCCCUAGCAGCCUUAGCAACGAACCAGUCAAUGGCCCCGCUGUUUUACAAGCGGCGCUGCAAAAGAAAAUGUCUAGAAAAAGAAAAUCGACGUUCAUUGAGAACGAAGAUUCUCAGGAGGCGCCGCCGCAAACACCUGGUCCCAGGCCGACUGGUUCGCUGGUUGCGCAUCACCACGAUGACAUUGUUACCAGGAUGAAAAACGUUGAGUUGAUAGAACUAGGUCGCCACAGAAUCAGGCCAUGGUAUUUCAGUCCAUAUCCCCAAGAAAUGGUGAAUCUGCCAUGCAUAUACAUUUGCGAAUUCUGCCUGAAGUACAGAAAAAGUCGGAAGUGUUUGGAGAGGCAUCUAAUCAAGUGCAAUCUUAGACACCCUCCUGGCAACGAGAUAUAUAGGAAAGGCUCGAUAUCGUUUUUCGAGAUCGAUGGCCGAAAGAACAAGAACUACGCACAAAAUCUCUGCUUGUUGGCAAAGUUGUUUUUGGACCAUAAAACGCUUUACUACGACACAGACCCAUUUUUGUUCUAUGUAAUGACAGAUUUCGACAGCCGGGGGUUUCACAUUGUCGGCUACUUCUCAAAGGAGAAGGAGUCGACGGAGGACCACAACGUAGCGUGUAUUCUAACACUGCCACCCUACCAGAGGCGAGGUUACGGCAAGCUGUUGAUAGAGUUCUCGUACGAGCUGUCCAAGUUCGAGGGUAAAACAGGUUCCCCCGAGAAGCCAUUGUCCGAUCUAGGAUUAUUAUCGUAUCGUAGCUACUGGGCGCACACGAUACUGGACAUCCUGUUGAACAUAAAGCCGCUAGUGGAAAACGAGAAGCCGCAGAUCACGAUCAACGAGAUCUGCGAGCUGACGUCGAUUAAGAAAGAAGACGUGAUAUCGACCCUACAGAACUUGAAUCUCAUUAAUUACUACAAAGGACAAUAUAUUGUGACGUUGAAUAGGGAUAUUAUCGAGCAACACGCGGCCGCAAUGGAAAAGAGGCAGAUCAGAAUAGAUCCUAAGUGUCUGCAUUGGACACCAAAAGACUGGAGUGUUAGGGCAAAAUGGUGAAGUGAUCGUUAGACACUGACAAUAAGACGAUGCUAAUUUUGUCUUGACAUUCUUUUCAGGAACCCAGGAAGUGACUGCGUAUGAUUUUUGUUAGCGGGUUGUACAAAAACGAGAGAGUGAGAGAGAGAGAGAGAGAGAGAGAGAGAGAAACAAAAAGCAAAACUGUACAUAGAAUAUUUUCGACCGGUUACGGGUCCCAUGCGUUUUAAUAAGACUGUGUCGGGCCAUUGUGGUCCGAGGCGAGACACUAAACGAGAACAGAGAACAAACAUGAAAAAAAAGCAAAGAGACUAUAUAAAUAUAUAUAUACAUAUAUAUAAGAAAAAUCGUUCACGAUAUAUGGCACGCGUAUGUCGCGGUUCACGAUGAAACUGUGAUCAAAGGAGGUUUCUUACGCGUGCAAAUUUCAGACGUGUCCGUACAUAUAUAUAGAUAACUAUAUAUAGAUAUAACGCUGGCUUAUGCGGCUUGAGUCAGAGAGCGACCUUUUAAUAUGGUGACUAGGAAUUUUUUAAAACAAGUACGCAUACGUAUUUGCGAUCGAACACGAUUUGUACAGGAACUCUACGAUACCGAACUUGUAGAAUUGUAAAUAAAUCUGAUUUUAUAACGCGCGCGCGCAUCAUUCUCCGCAUACACGAUCGCGACGAUUCUAGUUUUAACGAUAGCUAUUUCGACCUCGACGAACAGCUUGUACAGGUGUCCCCCCGCCCCCGACCCCCUCGAAUUUUUACAUUCUUCGGCCGUAAGGUAAUCCGACAGUUUUUCCCACGGAAAAGAGAUUAUUAUUAUUAUUACUAAUAACGAUGAUCCGAUUAGUACAACGUAGAACACAUGUACACAUAUUUGCACGACCGUGCACAGAGUUACACACACACACACAAACACACAGGGAGACAGACAGACAGAGAGUAUACACUACCUUUGACCGCCAUUGAUCGUUCAUCUGAAACAAAGAAACGAAAAAUUUGAUCUUCCACGGAGAUCAGGGAAACAAUAAGUUUAAUUGGACUCGCCUAUUAUCGCAUUAAGGAGAUACGGAGCUUUCGUUUCAUGUUAUAUUAUCAGCGGCUGUGUCCGAACAAGUACUCGAUCCGUUCGAUAAAACAGAAAAAGAAGACGUUAAUCGGUCGACCUGAUCCAAGAUUGUUCUACCAAAACGAAGAGUUACCUAUGAACCUGCGAAAUAAAAUCGAUAUUUUUCUCUGAAAGUGUGUAUUUUUGAUAGCGACGAACGGUAGCGUUAGCUGGAGCUACGAUUCUCGAUUGGAAGAGAUAGUGCGGGUAAACACGUGGGUGUUGUGUGAUGAUUGGGAGUAUGACGAGGUGGUUCCCCGUAAAACAAUGGUGGUGCGCAACGAGAGAAUACUUUAUUAGCAUGGUGCAUAUGAAAUGUUCAUUUAGCACGAGACAUUUCCCAAAAUCGUGAAGUUUCGUCCUCGAUCCGUUAUUUAACACUAAAACUACGGGUUUAUGCAUUUAUUAUGCGCCAAAGAAUUUUAUGCAUGUACAGCAUCUUCGAUCUCUUAAAGCCGAGUAUAGAAAUACGUUUAUGAAAUUUAUAUCUGCGUUUAAAUAUAAUAACAUUUCUAGGAGGAUCGGAAAAUUUGUUUUCGCCUUCGUUUUCUAUAAUUCCGCAUAAAAAAAAUUUAUAUAAAAAGAUUCACAAUGUAUAUAUAACUAAAAAAAAACUUGAAUAAACACAUUCGUACUAUUUUCAUAAAGUAUUGGGGUCCGUAGAUCUAGUGUUAAUUGCAAAAACUUUCCCGAUUUAAUUACGAUAAUUCGAACAUGUAAAGGAUCUCAAGAAUGAUUAAAUCUUGAAGAUCAACUUCCUUUAAUGACGCGCACAAGAACAUAACAUACGCACCUUAAUAUCGACCUCUAUCUCGAUCACGGUUUUCCACUCGUCUUCAAAAGAAACAGACUCGAUAUUUUUUUCAAAUACAGCAUCUUUUAUGUAUAUAUAUAUAUAUUUUUUAUAUUCAACAGUAACAUCACAGUAGCUUCAUAUACAAUAAAUUUUUUUUUUUUGUUUCGGUUCAUAAUCUCAUCCGCCAUUGUAUUCGUUACCACGCGAGCGUGACACGGCGAGUCCCGGAUCGUUUGCGCUGAUUUACAAAACUCUCUCGCUAAGGUCUCGGCGACGAAAAAUAGUACAGAGAGUGAUAGAGAGGGAGAAGGAAAGCCGCGCAAAUAUUAUUCGGGAUCCUCGGGACGACCGCCAGCAUUCCCCGAUACAGGUUUCACCGGCGAGACAACCGAGUAUCCGAGAAAUAAAUGCGAGCUCAGCGGGAACCGUCGCCGUCGUCGACGGGAAUCCGAAUGAUAUUGCUGACUCGCCGCGAAGCUGGCGGCUCGCGCACAACGAAACCGUUUUCGCGACGGUCACGUAGAACCCGAUCAUCGACGAAAGUAAUCGGCAGCCUCUCCGACGGCCAUUAUUGAAAUACCACCUCGGCCCUCUCCGGCUAUUAUACCUUAUCAACGAUAAACGCUUAAUAAAUACAGACUCGGAACUCAACGGAUUAUUUUCACACUCGCAACGCUGCGCAACACGCACGCACACGGCCAGUAAACACUCCAUUUACGCGGACUACGCCAAUUUCUUGCGAGUUAUUGUGGACCUUGCGAAAGUUUUUAUAGAACGAGCUUUGCAGAAGAGAACUGUUUCCAUUACAAUUUUUAAUGGAUUUUAUGUGGUAGACGAUGCACCAAAAAAUUGAUCUUUCCGAUCGUAGAGCACUGGUCGAUACUUUAUUUACCUAAAGCCUAUUAAUGGACUUUCUAAUUACCGCACAUGACAUUUUUCUUCGCAAUAAUCAUUCCGGAUGAAGUUAUUAUAUUAUGUUAAUCCAAAUAAUUCAGUUGAUUGUGGAUGAGCAAUCAACAACAAUUUAUUAAGAAAUUUUCAACUGUUGAUCGUCGACUUUAAAAUUACCUGUAAAUAGUAAAUAAGUGUAAAUAAGCGUUAAGUCGUCCUUCGUUCUAAUUUUCUUCUUAGCACGUGAACGUUUUUUCAUGGUGCAGCCAUUUUCUUUUUAGAAACACUGUGGAACGUUCGUUUUCUAUUUUAUGGUGUCGUAGCAUUCAUACAAUCUGUAUUAAUCUACGAGGAAAUAACUAUUGCAUAAAUUUGAUUUCUCUUUGUAAAAUUUGGCGUACGUUAAAGUAAAUGGAGUUUUACCGUGCACAUGCAUACACAGACACAGUACACACUCGCGGAACACACAGACUGAGCGAUCACUACCAUGUUGAUUGUAUUCGUGUUCCGCAGACAGAACCGAGUAUCUGGGUACUUGUGAAACACUCGAUGCACGUUAGCCUGAGGACUCGGGAUACACCGGAAACGGUAGUUUUACUUCCGGACCGAUCAGUCGUGAGUAUCAUAUGAACUAUGAAAAAUGGCUGGAUAUACUCAUGUAACGAAAGCAAGUAUUCGAAUAAAGAAUGAAACCCGAAACGAGCGUUGCUUUUGUCAUUUGUCAUUUGUUUGUUUCUGGUUUUUUCCGUGAUUGCGGUAGAACCUCCAUUACGCAAAUGGCGACCGAGGCACGGUCCAAUGUGUGGUUUCACAGUUUCCAGAGAACGGUGUUUCUCAAUUCCCCUCGAAUUGGAAUGGCGUAUUCGUACUAGGCUGACGAGAGGCGCUUAAUUAAUUAAAGUAUCAACAUCGUUCGAAUUCGUACAUACUUAUAAUCUUUAUCUGUAAGAUAAAUGUUUGAUCGAUCGUGUUGAUAUCGAUUCGCGUUGAUCUACCUCAGUUUUGUUCAAGAUCGUUCUCAAGAAUCGAUGAAAGUUGAAUGUUGAAUCGAUAAGCAUUGUUUCGAACAUUAUUAUUGAAUAAAAUGUUUUUUCUGCGA